AUGCAUGCAGAAAUUCUCAACAAGAUACUGGUUCCAUGGAUCCUGAAUAAGAGGAUGCUUCUCCACGAUCAGGUGAAAUGUAUUCCUGGCCUGAAGGGAUGGCUCAACAUCUCCAAUUCUAUCCACGGGAUCCAAACCAUUACUGAAAGGAAGGAGAAGCACCAUAUGGUCCUUUCCUCAGCUGCAGAAAAAACAUUUGACCAAAUACAGCAUCCUUCCUUGAUAAAAGCGCUCAACAACAUGGUCCCCAAAGGCAUAGAUUCUGCAAUCAGACCACCAAAAGAAAGCAAAGGCAUCCUGGGGAGUGGAGGGGAGACAGUGGCCGGCUGCUGUCCAGACUUGCUCUGUUGUUGUAGCUCUUUCAUCUCCAGCCCUCGCAGGGUCCUUGACUUAAAGCAGUUUGUGAACCACCCCCAGAUGUCAGCCAUGAUCAGGAAGCAAGAUGAAGGCCUCCUUGGCUACAUGACGGAUUUGAAGGUGGAGGAACUGAGGUUUCCCCGCGAUUGCCGCAAGAUCCUGCUCUUCUUUCGCAAGAACCCCUACUUCCGGAACGAAGUCGUUGUGAAGGAGUAUGUCCUCAGUGCUGCUGGGUACAGGCUGUCUCAUUCCACUCCCAUCCAGUGGCACCAGAAAUAGGAACGGGAGGCCUACAGUCGCAGGCAACACAACACCAGUCCUAACUUCUUCAACUGGUUCUCGGACCACAGCUUUGCCGGGUCUAGCAGGAUAGCUGAGAUCAUCCGGGACGACCUGUGGCGCAACCCCCUGCAGUACUAUGUGAGGAAGAAGGCUCCAGGAGAGGGAACCGAGCAGAGGACAG